AUGUCUAAGCAAAAGCUUGUCGAGGAGCGAGGGGAAGAAGGGAGAGUGAGGUGGACGGACACUAUAUACACGGCCCUAGGUGGUGACGAGCUGAUUGGGCUGGUUGACCCUUCGGCGCNGCGUGUACGAAGCGGAGCGGAUCGAGUUUGGUCGUGCUAGGACUGGCCGCAGCGGCACCGGAGAAGCGGCACCGGAGCAGCCGCACCGGAGCAGCGGAACCGGAGCAUGCGGACGGCAUCGAACCGCGGCGCACGGACAAACAUCUCUUGUGUUGUCAAUUU